CAUAUAGGCAAAAAAUAUGCUCGAUAAAAAAACAUCGACUCAAUGACAUUACUAUUUUAUAAACUCGUUUUAUAUUAACAAGAAAAUGAGUCAGUUGUGAGCUAGUGUGGGGACAUGUUGUGUUAAGAUGAAGAUCAUCUUCCUGGCUUUAAUUGCUCUGUGCGACGGACGGGCAAAUAUACAAAUACCGGAUCCCAAAACCUUCGAAGAAACGAAUAAUUGGCUGAAUAAUAUUUUAGCAAAUGUAUCAUUGGAAAACUCCUUCAAGCAUGGGACGCUAAACCCGACAGCUGCGAAAGACAGCUGUCAACUGAAGGAAAGUGGAGUGGGCAAGUGUGUGAAACCGUCUCAAUGUGAUGAAGAAAAGGAAGAAAUAGACCUUUCACAGGCAGGAGUUUACAGGCAAUCCGCGUGCCAUUACCUACUGAAAUGCUGUCCAGUUGAUCAGGUGCGGAAAACGCCGAAGCCGCCGGUGGUUAUUGCCUCAAACCCUUCGUGCGGAUGGAGUAACCCUGGAGCGUCUGUCUUCAGGAAAAAGGACUUACACCACGCCGAUUUCGGGGAGUUCCCUUGGAUGAUAGCUAUGCUCAAUCCAAUAGAUGGAGAUAAAUGGAACUAUUUCGGCGGUGGAUCACUUAUUCACCCAUCCGUCGUGAUCACUGCAGCACACAAGGUGUAUAAAAUGGCCGCUAAUAAGAUAAAAUGCCGUGCCGGCGAGUGGGAUACGCAGACAGAGAACGAGCUGUUCGCCCACGUCGAGCGUGAUGUGAAGAAGAUCGUCGUGCAUCCGGAUUUUAAUGAGAAGCGAUCCUCUAAUAACGUGGCUCUACUGAUACUGCAGAGUCCAUUCAAUCUGACCGACCAGCCCCAUAUGGGGCUAGCGUGUUUGGGGCGGCAGACCCCCAACCCGGGGACCUUAUGUUACAGCAUGGGCUGGGGGAAAAACUUCUUUGAUUCCCAGGAAUAUGCUACUGUGCUGAAAAAGGUACCUCUGCCAAUAGUCGAGAGAAACAGCUGCGAAUAUUCCUUGAGGACAACCCUGCUAGGGUCCAAGUUCAGGCUUAACAAUGUUGAUGUCAGUCGAUAUGCUGUGUACGGUUUGGUGGCCUUUGGCGUUGGCUGUGGGGAUAAGACUCCAGGGGUGUACGCGAGCGUACCAUAUGUCUACGACUGGGUGGUGGAAGCCCUGGCCAUGGAGGGGAUCGCCGCUGCAACGUUCACGGUGUAGCGAAUUAAAUAUUUGUAAAGUUA